AUGUGGGAGUUUCGCUCUAUGAUGUUUUGGCGGGCGGUGUUUGCCGAGUUUUUCGGCACCAUGUUCUUCGUGUUUUUCGGGAUGGGUGCCGCUCUACGCUGGACCUCCGGGCCAUACCACGUCUUCCACACUGCUCUCUGCUUUGGUUUUGCUGCUGCCACACUCAUUCAAUCCAUCGGCCACAUUAGCGGAGGACACAUUAAUCCAGCUGUCACCUUUGCAUACUUAGUCGGCUCUCAGAUGUCUGUGUUUAGAGCUUUCUUCUACAUUUGUGCUCAGUGCCUGGGGGCCAUGGCAGGAGCCGCAGCUCUCUAUGGAGUUACGCCCAACAAUAUGAGAGGCACGAUGGCACUUAACACGCUUCAGCCCGGCAUGAGUCUGGGAAUGGCCACCACAGUGGAGGUGUUCCUCACUAUGCAGUUGGUGGUCUGCGUUUUCGCUGUCACUGAUGAAAGACGAAAUGGACGUUUGGGUUCUGCUGCUCUGUCCAUUGGAUUCUCUGUUACCAUGGGUCACCUGAUGGGGAUGUACUACACUGGAGCUGGAAUGAACCCAGCCAGGUCUUUUGCCCCUGCUGUUAUCACCAGGAAUUUCAUCAACCACUGGGUGUACUGGGUGGGUCCCAUGAUUGGUGCUGCUAUGGGUGCCAUCUUCUAUGACUUCUUCCUGUUCCCCCGUAUGCGGGGCUUCUCUGAGCGGCUAGCCACGCUGAAGGGCAGUCGGCCCCCAGAGGCCGAGAACCAGCAGGAGACCCGCGGGGAGCCCAUCGAGCUCAAGACUCAAACCCUAUAAACCUGCUGAGAAGUUGUGGACCGAAUCUGGCUCUACCUCACUGGACCAUCUCACUGCCCUGAGCAGCCUAUAAAACUCCUGCGACGCAACAUCAGAGACCCGCAGAGGGUCGCAUUUACAUGGCAAGAUCAGUAAGGGAGCUGAAAUGAGUACAUUACUCUGUGUAGAAAUUUAGGUUUGCUACUAGUACCAGUGCAGGU